AAGAUGAGAAUGAAAUAGCUUGAACAAGAAGCCGGGAUCAUGGCGGCACCGCUCGGGCGGGACACUCUACCUGACCACUGGUCCUAUGGAGUUUAUCGAGAUGGCAGGGUCUUCUUCAUCAAUGAUAAAACUCACAGCACUACUUGGCUCCAUCCCCGUACGGGUGAACCUGUCAACUCUGGGCACAUGAUACGAUCAGAUUUACCACUGGGAUGGGAAGAAGGAUUCUCGGACGAGGGGGCCAGCUACUUCAUUAACCAUAACCAGAAGAGCACGUCGUUCCGACACCCUGUGACUGGACAGAUAUCUCCAGAAAACACUGAAUAUAUGCUCCACGACAAGAAAGAGUCCCGGGGCAUGUCCAAGCCACCGCCACCGGCCAGUCAGAGGCCCCCCAGCAUGGUCAGCCAGACUUCCAAGGCUGUGACCUCAUCAACAGUGGAUGUCACCUCUGGGUCAAAGCCGCAGGGCUCUAGGAGUAGUGGCAAGGUACACAGCUUCGGCAAGAGGGACCAAGCCAUCAAGAGGAACCCCAAUAUCCCUGUGGUGGUCAGGGGAUGGCUCUACAAACAGGACAGCUCUGGAAUGAGACUGUGGAAGAGGAAGUGGUUUGUGUUGUCUGACUACUGCUUGUUUUAUUACAAAGACAGCAGAGAGGAGAUGGUUUUGGGGAGCAUCCCCCUGCCCAGUUAUGUCAUCGCCCCUGUGGAGCCUGAUGACCACAUCAGCCGCAAGUAUGCCUUCAAGGCGAGCCACACAGGAAUGCGCUCCUACAUUUACAAUAAGAACUCUGUGAUUGGCUCGCAGGCAGAGCACGGUGGGAUGAGGACAUACCUCUUCAGUGCCGACACCCAGGAGGACAUGAAUGGUUGGAUCCGAGCCAUGAACCAGGCUGCUCUCAUGCAGAGUCAAGGCAUCAAGAGAGAGACAGUCACAGAGAAACCAGAAAUGUCAGUGCAGCAGGCAGUACCACAGACCAACCACGUUAACAACAACAACACCAGUAAGAGCCCCUCCCAGUCGCGUUCAGGGAGCCUCCAGCGGCCCGAGAGAGAGGAGCCUCUGGAGGGGGAGAUCCGACUGAGCCAGGGGGACGAGGAGAGGUACGUGUUGGAGGCUCCUAGAAAGCUCAGCCAUCCAGCCACGGAGGUAGACAGGCUCUCCCCAGACACUCUCCCUGGCCCCUCACACCCCAGGAAUGGCCUGGCCCACACAGUCCUUGCCACGCUGCCCCCUGAGCAGAAUGGGAACAUUGUGUAUAAGAGGGGCCUUGUCCCACGGACAGCCACAGAGAAGCAGGUGCAGAGGAAGACUGCUCUGGCUCAGGUGGAGCACUGGGUCAAUGUACAGAAGGGAGAUCCCAAGAGCAACACAUCUACUACUGAGUACUCCCUCCCCCUCCCUCGGCGGACCCCUCCCCUGCAGCCUAAGGCCGUGGUAGUAGAGGCCUACCAGACAUUGCCAAAGACCCCCAGACUCCCGUCUGGCGGGAGCUCCCCUUCGGCGCCCCGCAACCUGCCCAGCGACUACAAAUAUGCCCACGACCGGCUCAGCCACUUCCGCAUGUCCACCGAUGAGCGCAUGGCCACCAAGGAGGGCAUGGUAUGGCAGCUGUAUGAGUGGCAGCAGCGCCAGCAGUUCCGCCACGGCAGCCCCACGGCGCCCAUCUACACCGGGCCAGAGUUUCUGGACACCUCCUCCUUCAGGGUCACUGUGGAGAUGCCUCGCUCCAUCUCUGUGCCUCCUUCCCCCUGUGAAGUCCCCCCAUCUAUCCCCACCUUCAAACCACUGUCCCCCCACAGGCCACACACCCCCUCAGACAGGGUGACGGUGAGGCCGCUCGAUGAGGUGCCACCUAGGGAGUCGCCCACCGGCUCCAGUUCUCCUAGACGGGUGUUUUCUCAGCUUUCUAAGACUAGUCAGCUGGAGAGACGGUCAAUGCCAGCCAUGGGCUACAUCACACACACAGUCAGCGCACCAAGCUUGCAUGGGAAAACGCCGGAGGAGUUGACCCUGCUGCUCAUUCAGCUCAGGAGUCACCAGGCCAAGAUGGCUGGUGUCCACGGCGACGCCCUCCACCACCUACAUCACAACGGCCUCCUCGGCCCCAGCCUGCAGGCAGAUGAUACUUACAUGCAACUGAAGAAGGACCUGGAUUAUCUAGAUCUGAAGGUGGGCCCCAAGAGAAAAGAUCAUGUUACAGGCCGUGAAACUCUAAAAGACAGACCAUCGAGACCUGUUCAGAUAGCAGAGAGCGAUGUUGAUGUGAAGUUAAGCCGACUGUGUGAACAAGACAAGAUCCUCCAGGAUCUGGAAACAACGAUACGCACGCUCAAGGAAGACAAGGACAAGUUGGAGUCCGUGCUGGACGUGUCCCACCAGCAGAUGGAGCAGUACCGGGACCAGCCGGCCCACCAGGAGAAGAUAUCCUACCAGCAGAGACUACUGCAGGAGGAUGUGGUGCACAUCAGAGCUGAGAUCUCUCAGGUGUCCACGGAGAUGGAGAAUGCGUGGAAUGAGUACAGCAGCCUGGAGAGAAAUGUAGACUGGUUGAGGACAGCUCUGGAGGGCCAGAUGAACCGCAGUGGUCUCUCUCAGAAGGAGAAAUCCCAGAUCAAGAGGGAGUUGUGGAGGAUUGAAGACGUAAUAGCAGGCCUCAGCUCCAGCAAAGCCAACUACCAAGUCACCAUCUCCUCUGUGACCAACCCAGAGAGAAAACUUGUGCCUUCCGUGUCGCUGUCGUCAGUGCCUUCUCUGUCUGCCAGUCCCUCCCUGGGAGAGAUGAGACUGGCCCAGCAGCACAGCCCCCACCUCAGCCCCACAACCCCCACCUCCACCCAGCACACCACCGCAGCCCUCCCCAUAUCUGUGUCAAAAUGGGCAAAUGAGGGCGCCCCUCCCCGACCACCACUACCUCAGCUAUACAGUCCUGAGGACCACGCCCCCGCCGUGCCUCCGCUGCCCAGGGAAAGCAGCGUCAUCAGACACACGUCUGUACGAGGCCUCAAACGGCAGUCUGACGAACGCAAGCGGGACAGGGAGAUCGGCCAAUACACCAACGAAGACAACAAGGUGGAGCUGCGCACCUUCCUGAGUGAACCUGAGCUUCUGGGAGUGGGAGGGUCUGGUCACAUGAGGAUGGGGGCCUUGGGGCAUGAUGGUGGCUACCAGACCCUGCCAAGCAGAGGGCCGGCUGGCUCCUCAUCCAGGCUAAAUCAGUCCACAAACAUCUCCUCAUAUGUUACCCUCCGAAGAGGAGCCUCAGCCGCCUCUGGCCUGAAGGAGAGACCAAAGAGUGCCUUGGAGCGUCUGCACUCUGGGGAUGUGCUGCAGCAGCAGAGCAGGGGGAGGAUGAGUGCUGAGGAGCAGCUGCAGAGGAUGAAGAGGCACCAGAAAGCUCUGGUCCGCCAGCGCAAGAGGACCCUGAGUCAAGGAGAACGCCAGGCCUCUUCAUCACGAGCCUCCUCCUCCUCAUCAUCACAGCAACGCCCCCUUUCCGCAGACCUGGGCUCAUGGAGGCGAGAGCAGGAGUUUGACCUGCAGUUGCUGGAGCGGGCGGUGCAGGGGGAGGAGGCGCGGGGUGUGGUCCAGGGUGAGGAGUGUCCAGCAGAGCACAGUGAUAGACCUCGGUCCCAGUCAGAUGAGUGGCUGACCCUCCGCUCUACAGCCACGUCCACACUUUCCCAGGAGGUGGACCUGGAGACGCUGGACUAUGACCUGGACCUCAGCCGAGAGCUGGCCAAACCUCAGAAGGUGUUAAUCCCUGAGCGCUACAUAGACACAGAGCCUGAGGAACCUCUCAGCCCUAAGGAGGUGGAGGCUCGCCAUCGCAACAUGGAGCGCAUCAAGAACAUUCUGGCCAAGUCCAGUGUUCAGAUCCUGGCGGGGCCCUCUGUGGCAGUGGACCAGCCAGAGGUGGUGGGUCUGGACUCAGCCCUACUGAAGCAGGAGAGGAUCAUCACCAUGUCUUACGCCCUGGCCUCAGAGGCCUCCCUCAAGAGCAAGCAGGUCGCAGCCAAUGCGCUUUCUGGACACUGAGGUGCUGUUCCAUGAUGACAAUACAACCUGGAUUCUUGAAGAAAGAAAGACUUUGUUUGGUGCUGACAGUUACACUGUUAUACAGUAGGUGGGUGUUAGUGAACAUUUAACCUGCCCUCAGUAGCACGCAGCAGGACUUACUCGCUGAUGCAUUUUUAGGAGCUAAAAUGAAGUAAACUAUUUUCUUAAGAAAAUGUAUGUCUGCCGUGAAAGCUGCUGUGCAUAUUAACUUUGGAUGUGUCUAACAGAUGUUAAUCCCAUAAUAGAAAAGGUUUUAUACAUGUUAUUGCACUUUUAGCAUUAUACUGUAGAACUGAAAGAGAUCCUUUCAAGGUGAGAAUGUUUUGUCUUGCAGUGUGAUCUGAAUUUGGAGGGAACUUGUAUUUUUUCAAAAAUGUUAAUGAGAGUAUUCACCAACUGGAAGGUUGAUAUGAACAUGACAAGGUACUGAACAUGUGUCAUGUUGAUUGUAUUUUUGUCAAAACUCAGACGAUAUUCUUACACCAAAUCACUUGAAAUGUAAUUUGUGUUUGUAUCUAGCACUGCCAGUCUCUUAAUGGCUUGCCAAAUUGAUUUUUAUUUUUGCUUACAACAUUGGGAGGAAAAUAACAUUGACCAUAAUAUUUUCUGGAUGGCUUGGGCAGGUUGCACAAUGAUAAUUAUUACAAAUGUAAAUAUUAAAGAUAUUAACAUGACAUUUGCCUUAUCAAAUGUUUUGUCUUCAGACAACAGACUCAUGCAGUAGUCAUAAUAACUGUUAUAAAAUGAUAACGAUAUACUAAGGUAUUCAGAGAAUGUGAACCCCCAAAACUCUUAGGUCUUAUAGCCUAUUGUACAGUAUUGAAUUUAAAUCAUAUGUUAUUGCGCCAGUUUAAUAAUUGUACUACUCUGUGGAUGACAGUUGAAUAAUAUGGUUGACUGUGAUGGAAUCUUCAAAACCCUUUAUCUUGUGCCAGUUCUGAUAACCUUCUCUUCAUGCUGACCAAAAAGUACAAAAUGUAGUCUCAUCACAGCUCCAAGGAUUCUCUUUGAACAUUCCUAUUGAUUGCUUUGCCCUGUUACAUUUCAUUCUAUUAUCUGAGAAGGGAAUCCAACUUUACAGGCUCAAACCAAAUGAGGCAAACUUUCAAUACAAAAAAAACAUGAAAUGUUUCUUUAGUUCAAAGCUUCUCCUUCUUAAAGGGCAUUUUCUAUUCCGUGUCUCUACAUUUUCAACUGGGAAGGUGGGUAGUAAUAGCAUUGGUGUAUCUGAAGCAUAGAAUUUAUAUCUUUAAAUCAAAGAUCUUUUACUUUGUAAAAUAAACCUCUUGAGACGAACAUGGCAUUGAACUUAUGAAUCAAAGCUGAUGGAAUUAUGACUCUAAGCUUUUUGUAACUUACUUUUUCACAUGUUCUGUAAAUGGAAGGUCAGCUAUAUAAAAGUCAUGACUAGAAUCAAUUGCAAUUGUUCUGUCAGUCCUAUACAUAAUUCUACAGUUCUAACAUAUUCGUAUAGCAUAUACUGGUAUCUUGCUUAUAGGCUAUGCUCCUUUGGCUGGUGGUCCAGUAGACUGCUCUCACCUCCCUUGUGAGAUCUUUAUCUUUAAUUGGAGAGUAAUUACAUACACUUGUCUGCAUCAUGGUACUCUUUGAAAACACCUGUGAGAGGGGAUGCGCCUCCCAGAGCUCCACAGUGGGAGCUGCCACAUCUCCUCUCUCUCCAUGCCAUCUCGAGGAGUGGGAGUGUGGGCCCCAGAGUGCCUGCUAGUCCUGGUGGGUAUAAGACCCAUCACAUCCGCUAUUCUGCUUAUUUUGCAAUAAAUGGGCUGUUUUUUCCCUCCUCCUGCAGAAAUUCACCCAAGACCAUCCACUGAGGAUUGUGGCAUUUCCAUUUAUUGACGUUUGGCUGCUGGUUCAUAUACAUUUGUUAUGCUAUGCUCUGGACUUCAAAGAGAAUGAAAUAGGGCCUAUUAUGCUAAUUCUGUCUUGUUCUGUUCAACGUAAUCAAGGCCUCACACAUUCAUCCUUUACAAAAUGUUUCUCACUGACUCUAGGAAAAGGUUUUCAAAUGUACAUGAAUAGAAAAAGGAAUUCCAGACUUUCCCAGAUGACUCCAAAAUCCCGUAAUUGAGCACUUGGGGGGGGAGACAACCUUUAGUCAUUUUGAAAGUAUAAAUGAUUAGAGAAGUUGAUAUGACAUCCAGAGUAAACAACUGUGAUAAACAGUGAAGGUUUCUCUUCCCACGUGAUUGUAACAGGGUGGAGCUGUCUGUUGGUAAACGUGCCCCAUGUUAACCCUUGCCAGUCCCAGGUAUAGCAUGUUUCAAUAAAGGGCAUGGCCCUGGGUAUUUAAGCUUGACUUCUUGUGUCAUUCACAAUAUUCCAUGACCACUAGAAGGCUGACGUGUGCAGGGAGGAUGGUCUAGUAGUGAAAGCCCAGUCAGUGACUCUGACUGGACUCUGAUUGGACAUGAGCUGAACCAAAGGAUCCAACACAAAAGGUACUUUGAUUCUAAAAUGGUAUUUUAUGCUCUUUUAUCAUCUCAAGAUCAAUAUACAUGCUUUAAUAAGGGUUGGGCUGGUGUUCAAUUAUUGAACAGUUAAGAAUUAUUUAAUAUUCUCUCCCAACACACUGUACAUGCCUACAUAAAAUGAA